AUGUUGGGGAAAAUGUUGCUCAACCUCAGGAAAGGUGCAGAAUGCUUAAGUGGACCUAUGGUAGGAGGCUCUGUGGUCAUGGGAGCUGCAGCUGGCACAUAUAUGCUGGUUGGAAUGAUCAUCUCGACAGGGACAUUUGACAACUGCAAGCUGAAAUGUGAAGCAAAUGGGAGUGUUGUUGUCGUGACAGACAAGUUUGCCAUCUUGGGCUCUCACAGAAGUUUGUUGGCCUUUCUGCAUAGUUUCUUCAUUGCAGACCAAGUAUUUAUGACAAGUGUGCAGACAGAUGACACAGGUAGGGGUGAGACAUGGGUUACUCCAAAAGGACUCUUCAGGAUUCCCAUUGAAGAAGUUGGGUUCAGCAGAGCAUCUACAAUGAAUCUCUGUGUCAAACCUAAGGAUGAUGGUGAAGUAGUCAAGGAAGUGUUCCUUCCAAGUCAGAAAGCAGAAGUGACAAGACCACAUGCACUUCAUAGUAGGGUCCCAAGCUGGGGGGUGAGAGCAUUCAGCAUGGCACAUCCUCCUGGCACUUUGGGUACUCCCAAAAGUAAUAAUUCUAACCUUGAAAACUUGCCAAAGUGUGAGACUAUAUCACCCUACUACUGA